CUCGCCUUGGUUAAAGAUUAAUUGUAUGGUAAACAAAUAGUCGGGGUGAAGGAACUUUCACUCGUUAACAUAACUUGGAUCUCAAUUUUCUGCUUCACUACUAAGUCUACAGUUACGGGAGGUAGCUGGUGGUUCAUAAGUGAACGGAUCAGGGACUGAAUUCUCAAGAAGGCCAAGCCAGAAGAAAAGUCAUUCAAACCAUUAAAUAUUUGGUUAUAUUAUGGCACAUCUCCUGCGACAGUCUGCACGUACCAUAGUUAUAUUUCCAUAAAGGUAUCACUGAACUUCUCUCCUGAGCAUAUUGAACACCUUUCUACUCCUCCUAAUUCGACUCAGGCUUGUAAGAAUAUUUUGUAAUAACAUUGUGGUAAAGUUGUGUGAUGUUUAGAUAUUAUGUCCAGUGAUAGACAUUAUUCACAUGAUCUUGGAACAGCGAUAAACAUUUAGGUUAUUCGUAAUCAUUCACUUGGUUGUCUUUUCAGUAACAGGUGAGAUGUUCAGUGUAUUUCUCAGAUAAAGAUAAUCCACACAGGUCAUUUGUCAUUUUCUCUGAUGAUUGUUUAGGAUCUUGAAGAUACGGUAUUCUUAAGAUGGAUAUACCAGAACUUGUAGACGACCCAGAGGAUAGAGUAGACUGUGCAGAGUGUGACCAAUGUGGCAAGUUUAUUAGGAAGGGAAACCUAAGCAGACAUAAAUUAAGUCACACAGGUGAGAAAAAGUUUGAAUGUGGGGAAUGUGGGAAAAAGUUCAUGAGGAAGAACCACCUCAGCAUGCAUGAGGUUACUCACACCAAGGAGAAAAAGGCUAAAUGUGAUAUAUGUGGCAGACAGUUCACUAGGAAGAGCAGCCUUCAUGACCACUUACUGAUUCACACAGGUGAGAAAAAUUUUGAAUGUAUGGAAUGUGGGAAGCUGUUCACUCAGAAGAGCACCUUGAAAACCCACAUGCGUCUCCACACAGGAGAGAGACCAGAUAAUGAGAAUACAUACAAAUUUGAAUGUGAGGAAUGUGGGAAGAUGUUUACACGGCUCAGUUACCUCACUGUUCACAAGACUAUUCACACUGGCGAGAAGAAAUAUUCAUGUGUAAUAUGUGGGAAACCCUUUGCCCAUAGGAGUUCACUUAACUUGCAUUUGGUAAUUCACACAGGUGUUAAAAAGUACGAAUGCGAGGAAUGUGGGAAAAAGUUCAUCAGGAAGAGUCACCUUGAUUCCCACAAGCUGAGUCAUGCAGGAGUGGAAAAAUAUGAAUGUGAUAAAUGUGGGAAGAAGUUUGUAAGAAAGCAGUCCCUCAACAAUCAUAGUCUUAUUCACAUUGGUUGGAAAAGAUUUAAAUGUGAAGUGUGUGAGAAAAGGUUCCUUAGAAAGUGUGACCUUAAUUCCCAUCAACUAACUCACUCUGGUGAGAAAAAGUUUGAAUGUCAGGAAUGUGGCAAAAAAUUUGUUAGGAAGUAUAAUCUUAUCAGCCAUGGUGUUGUUCACACAGGCUUGAAAAGGUUUGGGUGUGAGGAUUGUGGGAAACGAUUUACCACAAAGAGCUACUUGUCUCGUCAUGUCCUACAGCACAUGGACCAAAAGGUGGAAGUUUUGUCUGCAUAUUGUAUGGGAAACUUUUCAUUUAAUGAAGUCUCCCAAGUCAACAAGUCUACUAUCAUUGUACAAAAAGAAUUGAACAUGACAAAGGUUUGUGCAAAAAUGGUUCCAAAAAUGCUGUCUGUGAGGCAGCUUUUAGCCAAUAAAAACAUCAUUGUGCUUGAGCACCCACCCUAUUUGUCAGACCUGGCUCCCUCCAACUUCUACCUCUUCCCAAAGAUGAAGUCCGUGCUCAAAGGAACCAAUUUUUUGUCGGUAGAAGAGGUGAAAGCAAAAACGAAGGAGCUCCUCAACAGCCUUACAGAACAUGAUCUGCGAAUUGCUUUGAACUGUGGCAGCGUCAUAUCCAGCUGUGUGUCAACUCAGAAAGGAAGUACUUUGAAGGCGAUCACAGUUGAUUUUCUUAAUUUGGGAGGCUGUGGUGCUGCGCGCUGUUACCAAGCCAAGAUGGCUGACAAUUUACACGACGAUGAUGGAUUGCACGACGUCAAGCCCAACUUUGGGUAUUGGUUUGACGUUGAAGAGGCCACGAGACAAGUUUCCCUUUAUGAGGAAAAAACUGGCACGAGAUUCGGUUUCCAGAGGGAGGACGCAAACUUCGGUACAGGCACUUUAAACAAUGAAGACUGUCGCAUACAGUGGGAAGAGAAUGAAAAAUACCAAGGAGAACGGUUAGUUUUUGAUGGUGUCCCAUUCGUUGUUUUGGGAACCAGACAUCUUGGUUGUCAAUAUGGUAUAAGAAAUGCAGUGAAGAAAGACAAAUACAUAGAAUGGAGAAAGGAGCAUGUUGGACACAACAGCCCACCCAGGAGAGGUAGCUGCCCUGCUAAAGUCAUCUUAAAGGAAGUCAUCAAAUUUCCUGAUUACAAAAUUGAUGCCAACACUAACUAUGAGAAGAAGAAGUGGUCUAAAGUGAUUCGGGAUGAUCUAGUGAUGGGGACGGCUCACCCUCAGCAAAGGAUUUACGUUGAACUUCCCGACAGUGAAGCACACGUUCACUCUGUCUUAUUAAAGAAAGUAAGUGAAGAUACUGUAAGCAGACCUAACCCACUUCACUGUUUGAUCUGCAAUGGGAAACUGUUAACAUCUGCCAGAUCUGCUGUUACUCUGUUUUCUGAAGAGGCACGAACAUCUCAUCGCCAGCUAGAGUUACAUUCUGUCCUGAGUGAUAUUAUUGACCAAGAACUAGAAGAAGAAAUGUUGCACUCCAGCAUUGUGUGCAGCAAGUGCUUUAACCUCAUAGAUGAUAUAGAUUCUCUUGAAGAACAAUUGGUUAAUAAGAAACAGAUGGUUGCUAACAGAUAUAAGAGAACAGUUGCUGAAAUCAACCAGAGUCCAGAAUCUCCAGCGAGUUUCAUGUUAGAUGAUGAUGACUUUGCAGAUGCCGCACCAUUUGGUAAAAGAAAGGGUCGAGGACGAGGUCGUGGAAGACCGCCAGGUCGUCCUCGUGGGAGAGGAAGAGGACGCCCUCGUGGACGACCAAAAGGAAGUGCUCCAAUAAAGUCACCAGAAAAGUGCAUAGUGAAAUUAGAAUUAGAACCAGCUGAUGAUAAUGGUCUCGAGAAUGUUACUUUCUUCUCAGCCUUGAAGUCCCCACCUUCUCUGAAGACUAUUAAGAAGGAGGAUAUUAUGAGUGACCUAGAAACCCCGGAUCACCAACAGAAAACUGAAAAUAUAGAGGAUACAGGAACAAAUGUAGAUGAUAUGAUUGAUGAGGUUAGUGGAGCGGACAUGCCACUAGUAGAUGGAGAUGUUGCCGUGGAAAUCCAGGGUGAUGUUUUGGAAGUUGUUGAGGAAGUGUUAGAAGAGGAGGUGAAGCAAGGGAAGAGAUUUUCUUGUUCAGAAUGUGAGAAGCAGUUUCUUACCAAAGCUGCUGUGAGAAACCACAUUAAAGUUCAUAAUCGUCUAGAUUCAUAUGACUGUGAGGAAUGUGAGAAAUCAUUUGCAACCAAAUAUCGUCUAAAAGCUCACUUGAAAACUCAUAUUGAUAGGGAUAGACCUCAUAAGUGUAGAGUUUGCAAUAAAUCCUUUUAUACACGUUAUCAUCUGAAUACGCACAUGAGAUCCCAUGAAGGAGUAAGAAAUUUUGUUUGUGAACUAUGUGGCAAGGCCUUGUCCACACAAAAGACCCUGGAGCUUCAUGCACUGACUCACACUGGUGAGAAGCCAUUCCAAUGUGAGAUCUGUGGUUCUACUUUUAGGCAGAGAAGUAACCUGCUCACGCAUAUCAAAGCAACACAUUAUCAAGAAAAGAAUUAUCAUUGUCAGAUGUGUCAAAAAUCUUUUGUAAGAAAGAGGCUUUUAGUUUAUCACAUGAAUAGUGUUCACACUGGCCAAAGGCCAUACAAGUGUGAACUGUGUAAUGCUAGCUUUGUGUACCCACAUUAUUACAAGAGGCAUUUACGAAAACACACUGGAAUCAAGCCACACAAAUGUAAUGUUUGUGGUAAGACUUUUGCUUCAAGGGAAAACCGUAAUGCUCACAUGUUCAUACACUCUGACAAAAAGCCAUACGAAUGCAAAAUCUGUGGGGCAGGUUUCAUGCGAAAGCCAUUGUGUGUGUCACAUUUGGCAAAUCAUGGCCACACUGAAAAUGCCGAGGACUAUAUACUUUUUAAUUCUCCGAGCCUACUAGUUGGUGGCCACGAAGAAUUGAUAGUAGCUGAAGAUGAGGAAGCAGCGCGUGCUGUUCAUGCAGUCAGGAUGGCUGAAGAAACCAGUGCACAAGAAACAAUAGUAGCAGAAUCAACACAGAUAAUGCGUGAUACAAAAGUAGUGAAGGUUAUGUCUAGACCUGUACAUAUUAUUGAGGCGGAUGACACUACUCGAUAUGUUAUUCAUUCAGGAGACCGUGUGAGGGAUGAAAACAUGGAGCACUUUUUUGCUGCUUUACAAGGUCAAGUUGUUGAGGUGCGUACAGAGGACUUCUAGUAUGUACAGUGUUUGUUUUCCUUUGAUUAAUUGUAUUGGUUUUAAACGCAGUGCACAUUAUUGCACGUCUUCUUUGUAUACAGUAAUCUUGGAGUAUUUUUGCAGGUGUAGCCAUCAUAACGCCCAUUUGUAUACAAACUCCUUAACUUUCUUUAUUUUACAUCAGCUCUUGCAGUAGUUUAACAUCUGCCUUUUGUCUUUCUCUCCAUAAAUCCACAACUCAUCAGUCCUGACAGCACACCAUCUCUUAUAUACAUUUCACUUAUUACAUACUUACAAGCCAUUUGUUGCUACAAUGCAGAAUAACCAAAAUCAUGAGGAACACAAACUCUCCCUUCAUAUACUGCAAGUCUGUCACUAACUCUGACUGCUACAACAUAUGUGCUUUGUUUUGAUGUUCUCCUUCCACAACAAGACUCCAAGACACCUAUUUCAAUGAUCCCUGUUGCUUUCUACAGCUCAGUAGCAUAUUUAUUCACUCCUAUCUUCAUUCAUUAUUUUCAUUACUGUAAUAUUGUUUCUGUUAUUUAAGACUUUACAGUAUCUCAGUAUUAAUUCAUAUCACUUGUUAAAUGUUAUUAAGUACUAAGUUUGUAUGUUCAUAAAAAAAUGUUGACUUAUCAUUUGUUGUAAAUUAAAUAAAGAU